GGCUGUCAAAGGGCACCGAGGCCGAGCGGCGCGAGGCGGGGAGUCCAGGGGCUGCCCCGAGCCUGCCGGUCCGCGCCGCGUGAAUCUCGCGGAUCCGGGAUGGCUGUUCUCCUUCCGAGGAGGCGUUGGGUGGCUCGGAUGGUUCUGCGGCCACGGAGCGACCGUUGGGCGAUGAGCGCGCUCAGACCGAGCGGGUGUCGAGUUCUUUGCCCGGCUGCCGGUUCACCAGGGAACGAGCUGUCCCAGCGCCUCUGCUCGAGUGGAGCGUCUGGGAAAGGCGGUACUGGAAAAUCUGCAGCUUUUUCGUAAAAGAGGAAGAAAAAAGCGAAGUAGUUCAGUUCUGAUGGAGAAAAUGGAACGAGUGAAAGAAGAAAGCCAGGAAAAUCACCUGCUGUUUUGCUGCAAACUCCUACCAGUGAAGUGGAACAUUUUGAUGAUGGGAAGAAAGCUGAUUUUCCUAGAACAAAGAGCAGUGCAGAAAGUCCACUCCUGACAAUGGAAAGCAAGAAUGAUUCCAAAAUUGAAAGGAAAAAACAUAUCUCAAAUCAGCUGAAAGCAAAUGCACACUUUCAUAAGCUGUUUCUGGAUGUUUCCAUUGAUGAGCCACUAAAACAAAGUUUUACCUGUGCUCUCCAGAAAGAAAUUCUUUACCAAGGAAAGCUAUUCCUUUCUGAAAACUGGAUUUGCUUCCAUUCCAAGGUUUUUGGUAAAGACACUAAGAUCAGCAUACCUGUGCUCUCAGUGACACUUCUGAAGAAAACCAAGACUGCCCUUCUUGUGCCAAAUGCUCUGAUCAUAGCAACAGUCACAGACAGAUAUAUGUUUGUCUCCUUGCUCUCCAGAGAUACAACUUACAAGCUGUUAAAAUCUAUAUGUCGACAUCUUGAGGAUACAAGUAUGGGUAACAGUACCAAUCCAUCUUCUGUUGAAAGUAGCUUCAGGGCUGAUCGUCCCACAACUCUGUCCCUGGAUUUCAAUGAAGACUAUUCUGAUCUCGAUGGAAUAGUACAGGAGCAGAGACAAGAGAUGGAGGAGUCCAGCAGCACAGGCUCACAGACCCCAGAGCUAGAACGCUUCCAAGAUUAUCACGUUGUCGAGACAGAGACUCACUUGAAAGUUUCAAAGACUGAAACAAAGUCUGUCCAUUCCGACGCACGCAGUAAAUGGGUACCUGAAGGAAAAGCCAGAAACUGCCUUCGAAAUGCAGGUCAUUCUGAACCUUUCAGAUUCUUCCACAAAGUUAAGUUCCAGAAGCUCUUAUCUCUGAACCAUAUACUUAUAUUUUAUGCAGUUCUUGUCUGUGUUUUAAUAUUGUCUACCUUCUACAUGAGAUAUAAGAUCAAUGUCCUGGAAGAACGUCUUAUCUCCAUUGCAUCUUUUGAUUCACAUGUUAAGGAACAUCCAGUGCACCAACGUUUGGAAUCUCACCUGCAAAUCAAUGCCGAUGCCUUCUGUGAUGAGUUAACUGCUAAUCUUAUAAAAUUGGAAAAGGUAACUUUGUAUGAUAUGAUGCAAAUGCUGGUAGCACUCAUUAGGUUCUUCCUGAAUUCCUAUGGUCUGUUUUUUUGAAGGUGCCAAGUCACUCCCAGAUUUCAUACUAGAAGCUAGCAUGUUUUACUAGAGGAUGCACUGUAAUUUAUGGGGCUGUAAAUUAGCCAGCAUACAAGCAUUGGUCUGUGUAGCUCUUUUGCCUUGCGCUGUGGCUCAGCACCAAAAACACUACUAGGCCAAUCAGGUCAGGGAUGAUUAUUACAUUUAAUUAUCUUGAUUUUUUAAAUUCUGUCCAUCAGAGUUAAGGAUUCUAAAUUUAACAGGAAAUUUCCAUAACAAGAAUGCCUUGUCUGGGGCCUUUGUUUGGGUUUUGGUUUUCUGAUUAAGAAAGGCCAUGCUGGUACUCAUAUGUAGUCAUCCUUUUCAUACAAAAUGGCUGGAAUCCACCUCUCUUCAGUAUCACAAAUGCUGCUGCUGCACCAGCUGUCUAAGUCACUGUACCUGAACUUUGCCUAUGCCUUUACUCUUCACUGUUCUUUAAUUGCAAGCCUAAGUGCACUUGCUGAAAUUGAAAGUCUGUGCAGAACAAGAGUGGAUGGGAGAACUUAUUUCCACUUUAUGUGUAGUGGUGAGUUUGCCUUGGCCAACAGUCAGACCCACCAGCUCAGCAGCUCUCUCACUCCUCCUCAGCAGAACAGGGGAAGAAAAUAGGGUGAGAAGGACUGUGGAUCAAGAUAAAGGCAGGGAAAUUGCUUACCAGUUACUAUUACAAGCAAAACAGACUCAGCUUGGGGAAAAUCAGUAUAUUUUCAUUAGGUAGUGAGAAACAAAGACAAAUAUUAGAACAACACCUUUCCUAUUUCCCAGGCUUAUCUUCUCUCCUGACUUCUCUUCUUCCCUACCACCAAGCUAUUCUUGGGGUUCAGUGUAAGGAUUAUUGUAACUAAACAUCACUUUUUAGUCUGCCACUCCGUCCUUUUAUUUCUCUUCUGCUCCAGUUGCAUUUUACCCUGCACUGAUGUGGGCUUCUCCAAAGGCAGAAGUACCUUCAGGAAACACCCACGUGUUCUGGCAUACAUAGCCUCUUCAUACUCUCCAUGGGACACCUUCACCCCUCUUCUUCUCCUGUCUCCUCCUUGGCCUUGGUUUUCCCUAUGCAGUUUCUGUUUUUCUCUCCUCUCUCCAUCUGAUGUUUUUGCUUUGUAUUCAAUGCACUUUCCCAGAGGUGCCACUGCCUUGGCUGCUGGGUUCUGCUGUGUCUGAGGUGGAUCCGUUGGAGCCUGCUGGAACAAGCUGUACUUGGCACUGGGCAGCCCCAGCAUCAGCUCACAGCCCACCCCACCACCAAAUCUUUGACACCUCUACCUGCUAAUAGGCAUAUGGAACAGGUGUGUUGAGGAGAUGUCAGAAUCAACUGGCUAAGCAUGACAAAAAAAGAAAAAAGCAGAGUGAAAACAAGUUACUGAAAUUCCUGUGUGCUUAAAUCAGAUGGGAUAUUUUUGCCUCUGUUUCUAAAACUGGGCUUUUGCCAAGGCUCUUCAGUGCCUUUUUUUUUCCCCCACAAAGUAGGUUUCUCAAUUAGCGUAAAGAUCAUAUAAUAUCACUGUUACCCAUGUGGCACUGGAUCAAGAGAGUCUCUUCCAAAAAGAGAUUUCCCUCCAUAUACACCCACCCCAUGUGUACAGAAGUCUAGAGUAUUGCUGGCACGUGCCUCUGUAUGCUCUGGAUGAUAACAGUACGAAUACCAGAGAAAAAUUCUUACCAGCUGAUUAGUAGUUACAAUCUUUAGCCAAAUUAGGCCAUCUAAGAAGUUACCAGCUGUCUGGGACAAGCUUGCAGAUGGCAAGACGUUUCAUGGAAGACCUCGCUUUGUUUCAGCAGGGAGCCUGCAAAAGCAAGAGGACUAGGCAGGCACAGUCUCUUUCAUAGUCUCCGCCUGGAAACACAUCAAAAGACAGAUGGAUGUUGGAGCAUUCAGCUGUUCCCAGAGAAGCAACCCUUAGUCCUGAAUUAGAGUCUUCAGUCAUGUUCUUCUUUCAUGUAGUGUCUGCAGAAUCGAACCCUUGUCAUUGCAAAACAGUCAAGACUCUUAUCAGCUGCUUCUCACACAAGUUAAAUGAGUACUGCAUGUAGCUGCCACAGCCAGUAGUUAAAAUGUUGUUUGACUCUACUGCACUGAAAAGCUGGCAGAAAUCCUGUGAGUUAUAUGCUCAAGUUAGCAGUUCAGCUGUUCUGUCUGUCUUGGUGAAAAGUGCUAGUAAUUGACUUCAGCUGGCUUCAACAGCAAAGCUAACACAAAAGUUUCAGUGCGAAUUGUCAUCUCUUCCCCCCUUCUUGUGGGGCUGCAGCACUGAAAACUACUUCACACAAACUAUCUAGGUUAAAAAUGAAGAAUUACUCUUCAGUUAGUAAGUGUUCGGUGCAAAAGUAUGCUGCUAUUAUUUUUCAAGUGACCUUGUGAUUUUUACCAGCUCUGCUUCAUACUUGGAGUCAAGAAAUCCCCAUGGCCUAGCAGAAUUGUGCUUUGGCUUGUAAAUAAUUCUAACAGGUUGUUAAAAUGCACCACGUCUGUUAAGAUUAAGUGUUAAAAGUGGGUGAAGGAAAACCGUGGCCUGAUUUUACUCAUUUCUUUAUUCUAACAUAGCUUGUUAAAUGGAAGUUCGUGUGUAAGGCUCUUACAAAACUGUUUUUCACUGUUCUUGAAAAAGAUGGACAUCUGGGACAGCAGUUCAAUGAGGAAGGAUUAAGAGGUGAUGUCUUUGGGCAGGAAUUACAAUGUACAAUGGUAUAAUCAAUACAGGAGCAUAGGGACACAUGUGCUUGUGGUUGGAAGACCUUAUUUUGCUGUAUACAUUUGAAGCCUCUGUAGUUGAAGCUGUUCUAAAACUAUUUGAAUUACUGAAACCUAGAAGCUGUGACUUUUACAUCCAGAGCUUGUAUUUUGUUUUGAUUGAAUUCAAAGUUUGGGAUUUAUUGAAAAUUUCUUUCUAGCUCUAGUUUUGUUCUCCUGUCUCCUAUCUGAUGAAGAAGAGAACCCAUGGGAGGUUGCAGGAGACACCUGUAAGCGAUAUCAGCUUGGUUUCAGUUGCUCAGCUAAGCAUUCUGCUGCCUGAUCAUAUCUGGAUGCUUCCUUUGACUCUUGUCAUUUAAUAUGAAUACUCUCACUUAAUACGAAUAGCACUGGUAUAAAUAGGUGUGACAGAACUAACAAGCACACAGAGAAUACAUUGAAGAAUGUCUUGAUUCUUAAAAACGUAGUAUAACGCUUUCUGUUUCCCCAUCAUUUUUGUCUCUUUUUCUAAGAUACAGAAUAACUUACAAAAACUGCUUGAAGAUGAUGAAUGAAAUGCUUAUGUUCUUGGACUGCUUCAGACUUCACUCAUCUCGCUUGACAAACAGAUCCAAAGGAGCUCUGCUGGACAGAGUUCAAGCUUCUUUAUUUUCAGUCCAAGCCAAGGUUAGACUGCUGAUGCUCAUAUCACAACACAGAAAGUCAUUUUUAUUGUUCAACAACUACGUUUGUCUGCAUGUUUUGAAAAUAAGGGUUUUUUUUUUCCUUCUUUAUUGUGUGAAAUAAUUAAUGGAUUUUACAGUUUGUUUGAUUUUAGCUUUCCUUGCACCAGUGCAAACCUGGUGCAACUCCUUUUACCUCAGCCUUUCUUUCCUGCCUCUUUUCAUGUACUUGUAAAUAAGAACUGCAGACACAAUUCAUAUGCUGACGUGCUGUGUGAAUGAGCUGGUGUGUGUCUCACAACCGUGGCUAUGGAUCAGGGCUGUGCUUUUUUCUUUCUGUCUUAUCAUCCCAAAGAUUAAAACCAAACACCUCUGGGUUUGAUUCUGUGGAGUGCUGGAUGUUUGAUGUGUGCUCAGCUCUCAGGUGCUGUAAAAAGGCUCAAUUCCGUGCUCUGUGGCACUGGAUCACCGCUGAGCAUAAAGUCCAUUUGUACUGGGGAUUCAUUUUACAUCAAAGUCAAGCUUGAAAUAUGUGUGAACUUGCCAACUCACCGUUAAGUUGCUUGUGAAUAGCAUUAUGGGUAUGACAUGUCUGUCUGGAAAACCAGCUGUUCUUCCUGUCUGCUCAUUAAGUCUGUCCUUUAAGUUAAUUUAUCAGUGUGAAGAUCUCAGCUAGCUUUCCUUAGAGCUGCAUGGAGUCUUGGUUGGCUAAGCAAGCACAUUUCCUGUUCUAGUUUAUAUAAGUCUAGUUCUGAUAUGGGAGAGAUAUUUCCACAUAAUAGAAACUGACAAAUUACUGAAAUUAUUUUUAUUGCCACGUUGUUAAACUGAAAGAAAAGAUGGACGUCUGGUUUGUUAUGGCACAAUAUUUUUUCACCUUACCUAACGGGAUAACUGUUUCAGAUUUUUUUAGCUUUCUGAUUCUCAGAGCAGACUGGUUCAUCUGAAAAAGCAAUAUUUAGGAUAAUGACAACUUGUAUGUGCAAUAUAGCUGUUUAUAUAUGUUCUGCAUUUUAUAACCAUUUCUGUGAAAUGUACCUUACUUUGUUUAAAUAAACUUCUUUGAAACAAGCAA